UGAAUAUUUAAAAUGUUAUAAAUAAAUAAGUAUAUGCAAUUUUAAAUCUGCAUAAAAGAUAUUUUUUGCAAAUUUAUAACAUAACACAAUAUCUCAAACCAUGAGUACAGAUAGAGUAUUUAUAAAACAAGAACCAUCAGAGCCCCAAAAUGGGAACAUUCAAAUCAAACAAGAACCAGAAUCACAAGAAGAAACUGCUAUGAAAAAACACAAUGAAAAUAAUGCUAUCAAAAAUGAAUAUAAUACAAAAAUUGAGAUAGAAAUUGAAAUUAAAUGUGAUAAGGAACAUAAUGUAUUCAUUAAAGAAGAACCAAGAGAUGAUUUGGAUUCAAAUUAUAAAGAUAACGAACCGGAAAAUGAUGGAGAAUAUUCCACUGAAAAUAAUGAUAAGGAGAAACCAACAAAUUCAUAUGAAUACUGUGUUAUAAAGCAAGAAGUUAAUGCAGAGGGUGUGCCAUGCAAUAGUGAAUAUUUAGCAGACAAUAAAUCCAAGUGGUUACCAAAACAAGGAUUUAAUGAUAAUGAAAUUAAAAAUAUACCAGGAUUGUCAAAUUCAGAAGAUUCAAGGCCUUACGGUGAUGAUGCUGGGAUUAAUGAUGAACUGUCAGGUGAAGAUGACGAUGCGGCCGCGCAGGAGAGAAGCGACUCCUGUGAGAAAUAUUCCUGCAAUAUUUGCAGUGAGAUGUUCAUGGCGCAUAGUUUGAUUAAAAUCCACGUAUUAGAGCACACAACCGAACAUCUAACACAGACAGACGAAAAGCAGUACAGUUGUGACCCAUGCAAUAAGUAUUUUGUUAGGAAACAGAACUUAAAACAGCAUAUGAUCGUUCAUAUCACGGAAAAACCAUACAGUUGUCAUGUAUGCAAUAGUACCUUCGCCAGGCCGCUUAGUUUAAAAUACCACUUGCGCAUCCACACAGGAGAAAAGCCGUACAGUUGUAAUGUGUGUAAUAAAAAGUUUAAUCGACCGCAGAAUCUGAAGAAUCACAUGCAAAUGCACACAGGUGAAAAACCGUACAGCUGUGACGUGUGCCAUAAAUUUUUUGCACGCAAGGAAAACUUAAAACACCACAUGCAUAUACACACAGGUGAAAAACUUUACAUAUGCGAAGUGUGUAAAAAGGAGUACGCGAAUCGGCACAGCUUGAAGUGUCACAUGCAAGUACACACGGGGGAGAAAUUGUUCACAUGCGAAUAUUGCAAGAAGAACUACGUAACCAACGGCAGUUUGAAACUACACUUGCUCAUCCAUGCCAAGAAGGAGAACAAAAACUUUUGCAGCUUAUGUAAAAAGAGUUACACGUCGAAAGAGAGCUUGGACGAACACAUGGUGAUACACGCAGACGAGAAACCCAUAAUUUGCGAGGUGUGUGAAAAAACGUUCACCACAAAACGCUCCCUGAAAAACCAUAGGCGCAUACACACGGGUGAAAAACCGUUUGCAUGUGACGUGUGCGACAGAAAGUUUGCGCUAGUGCAAAACUUGAAACAUCACAAGCGUGUACACACGGGGGAAAAACCGUACGCAUGUGAUGUGUGUAAACAGUGUUUCUCAAAGAGCGAACAUUUAAAACAUCAUAAACAGGUGCACACAGGAAAGAAACUGUACAGCUGUAAAGUGUGUCAGAAAGAAUAUGCCAGAAGCGAGAGCCUAAAAUAUCAUAUGCACACCCAUACAGGUAUAAAACCGUUUUCGUGCGGAUUAUGUAAUAAGUCGUUCACUACAAAUCAAAGAUUGAAAUAUCAUGCCAAUUCACAUAAGGAGAAAAGUGAAUUAAAUUAAUUGUAGUAAGGCUGACGAUAUACAGUUGGUUAGUCGUCAGGUUUCUCGAAUAGAAAUUUGUCUUUAUUUACAUAAAUUUAAUAUAUUUAUUUCAUUCAAUUCAGAAACCAGAUACAGUCAAAAAUAAUGAGCAAGAAACUCGUGUGUUGUUUUUAAACAAAUAUUCAUUACAUUAAUACUUUGUUUGAACACAAACUACUAAAUAGUGCCAAUUCUUAGGAGUAAAGUGUUAACUAGAUAGGUAUUCGAGUAAUAAAAUAAAUAAGUCAUAACUAAAACAUCAGUGCAGAUCGCUCCAUAGAUGUUCUUUAUCAGGUUUAAUCCAGAUGGCCCAUACUAAUGAAGCCGUAUGAUUGGUACAUUUUUUAAAAGGGUGGGUCGGUUACAGCGUGUUCCCCAAUAGCCUUUACACGUACGAAGAAAGAA